AGUCACAUCAACGUGGAGUAACUCCUAAUUUGACCAACGACAAAAACCUUGAGAAAUGGCACCCAAGAAAGCCAAGAAGAGGCAGCAGGCAGAGGGCGGUAGCUCUAAUGUCUUCUCCAUGUUCGAGCAGAGCCAGAUCCAGGAAUACAAGGAGGCUUUCACAAUCAUUGACCAGAACAGAGAUGGUAUUAUCAGCAAGGAUGAUUUGAGGGAUGUGCUGGCAACAAUGGGUCAGCUAAAUGUAAAAAAUGAAGAGCUAGAAGCCAUGGUCAAAGAAGCCAGUGGCCCCAUCAACUUUACUGUUUUCCUUACCAUGUUUGGUGAAAAGCUAAAGGGCGCUGACCCUGAGGAUGUUAUUGUGAGUGCUUUCAAAGUCCUAGACCCUGAGGCAACAGGCACAAUCAAAAAGGAGUUCCUUGAGGAACUUCUGACCACCCAAUGUGACCGGUUUACGGCAGAGGAGAUGAAAAACCUUUGGGCUGCUUUCCCUCCAGAUGUAGCUGGCAAUGUAGACUAUAAGAACAUCUGUUACGUCAUCACACAUGGAGAGGAGAAAGAAGAAGAAUAAUUUAAUCCAUUAAUAAUCUCUCUACCUUCUCUUAUUACCACACCAUGUCAGUCCGUCAUGGUUCAUCUGCCCUUUGAAAAAAAUACUUAUCUGAACUAAAGGUUUGUUGGCAUUUGGGCUGAAUGUGAGUGUUGUUUAACUAAUAUGAUUACUUUCAAUAAAAUGAUCUAAAAUCA